UACAAAGGCUCGAUACGGGCCUUUAGCUAUCCAAAUCAGUUUGCCUCCGUACAGUUUCGUUUCAUAAGUUUCCGUCGACUUGAUCGCUGCUUGAAGCUAGCUCCAGUUCUCUGUGUACGUACGUACGGCUACGUUCAGAAUCAAUUAAGCUGCUUGUGCUAGCUUUGCACUAGCACGCAAGUAUUGCUCCUGCGGAGAUUACGAGCUAGCCCUAUAAAACCAACAGGAAGGCCGGAGCGCCAAGAAACCUCCCUGGCGCCCCCUGACCCCCUCUCCACCGCGUAGAGCCCCCGCCUCUGCUGUCGAUGGACCAGUUCCAUCACGGCCACCACGUGCGGCUGCGCAGCCGCGUGACCGACAUGUACCUGCACGCCGACGACGACGGCCGUGGUGUCUCCCUCCCCACCGCCGGGAUUCGGUGAACGUGGCGUGGGCGGUGCACGUGUACAACGUCCAGGCGCAUUACGUACUCCUCCAGAGCGCCGCCUACGGCCGCUAACCCCUCGGCCGCCGCGGGCUCCGCGUCGUUCAGCGCAACCAUUACCAUCCGGAGGUGGGGGAGAUGGCCUGGCAAGCCCACAGGUCAGGGUUCUGGAACGAUGUCCUACUCCGCCAUGCCGCCGGGCGCUGGCGGCCGCUGCCUCCGCGCCAACGGGAAGUACCUCCCCUGGAACAAUGGCGUCAGCGUCGACAGCAUCGACAACUUCAGCACGAUGAUGCACUGGGUCAUGGAGCACAUCCCUGCCGGGGAGAACAUUCCUCGCCUCCCACGUCAGACUGGGCUCCCCCUCCCUGAUCAGAUGGUUGCCGUCGCGGGUGAUCCUGUGCGCGCGGGCUGCCGCCGACGGGACCCGCUUCGGCCACGCACCGUUCGUGUUCAGGGGGAGGUCCGUAUUCCGCCUGAGGAACGAGCUGGCCAGGCGGCUGGCUGCCGUCGUGGACGUCCCCAACCUCGUCAUGUGCUUCCGCACACGUGAUGGUCGGCUUUUUCCACUCCUCGUCGACCUCCUGCCCACCAGCGGCCCGUUCUUCCACAUCGUCGUCGUCACGCCCGGGACGCCAGGUAAGAUCGAGGCCCUCAACUUCCUACUCUUCUCCUCAUACUUGCAGCUGAGUCAGCGCUAAUCGGCUUGUGCUUGGAAAACAGUGUUCGAGACUUUGGAAAACAGUGCUAGUCUGAAGAGCAGUUUACUGAAAUUUUUGCUAAAUUAUUUUCAGUUAGGAGUUGGAAAUAGUCUGAACUAUUGUAGGAUUAUAGGCAUCAGUAAGAGUUGCUGUAUUUAUCAGCCUGAACCUAGUUGUUUGUUGGGGGGAAAUCAUUUCAUAAGUCAAAGAUUCACACUGAUCCUUGAUAUGGAAACUACUGGUUUUGGUGCUACUGUUCUUUGAUUCAGAUCAUUCAGUUCUUUAGUUUAAUGCUAUAUGCCGCUAGUGGUAAAAUCUGGAACCUCAAAACCGAAAUCAGUUCAGCUUAACAGAGAAUACACUGUUUUAUGUUUCUUAGCCUACUGUAAUUGUUUCAAAUAAAUAAUUAGUGGACAAAAUUCGGGCUGUAUUAUAGUGUUUCGAGGUUUUGUACAUCAGCUUUCUUCUUGAUCUGCUUAACUAUUUUUCUGCUAAUUCAGCCCAUGCCGAGCUGCGGUACCGGAUGUCGAUGCAUAGCAGAGAGAUACCAGAGCCAUGACCCCUAGAAGUCGCCUUACUGCUCACAUCUUUAGAAGUGUUGCUCCCUCAGACACGACGACAUGAGAACCCACCCAGUUUGUUUCGUUGAGAUAUGGGUUCAGGAAAACCCAGCAGUUGUUGUGUUUCUGCUAGCUUAACUUGGUCCGUUCUCCUGGAAAUAUAUGAACCUAUUUGCGUUGGCAUCACCGUUCUGAAAUUCCGAAACUGUUUGAACAAUGGUGUGGUGACAUUAGUCUGUAAAUGCCUUGACAAUGUUGCUAGGUACAUUUCUUGCAGUGAGUUUUGUUAUU